AUGGCAGCAGCACAAGCUCUCCUAGACGAAGUCCACGAAGAUCUGAUGGCAGAUCCAAGAGACAACAAUACCUAUGCCUUGGGAAGGAUUGGGAAACAUAACGUAGUGAUCGCUGGUCUACCUGCGGGAGGCUAUGGACUCGCUCCUGCAGCAGCAACGGCUACCCAUCUACAACGCAGCUUCCCAGCAAUCAAUAUAGGUUUGAUGGUUGGCAUUGGCGGAGGGGUACCAAGCAAAGAUGCAGAUAUCCGACUGGGGGAUGUGGUGAUCAGUAAGCCUACUGAUAAACACGGGGGUGUUGUGCAAUAUGACUUUGUCAAGGCAAUGAGUAAUGGCCGGAUACGAAUGGGCAUGUCUGAUCGUCCUCCUUCGAUUCUCCAUAGGACGAUUAGUAGAAUGCAAGCCACGCACCUUGCGCAUGCGAGACAUGUUAUGGAUCAUGUCGCUGCAAUGAACGAGAAACUAGGCGAGUACGCCACGGGUUUCGCACGUCCGACUCAAAAGGAUCGCCUUUACCUUUCCGACUACGAACAUGUAGAUGCAGGAUCCACGGACUGCGAUGCUUGUGACCCAAGGGCUACCGUCCCCCGAUGUCCUCGAGACGAUAACGUUCCAGUAUUUCACUAUGGAACUAUUGCGUCUGCCAAUACGCUUUUGAAGAAUAGCAAAUUACGAGACGAGCUAGCCCAGGAAUUCGGUGCUCAAUGCGUGGAGAUGGAAGCUGCAGGGUUGAUGAACGUUUUUCCAUGCCUGGUGAUUCGAGGGAUCUGUGACUAUGCAGACUCCCAUAAGAAUGAUAAGUGGCAAGGGUUUGCUGCAUCUGUAGCGGCGGCGUAUACCAAAGAGCUUCUUUUGGCUACCCGGUUUGAGUGA